CGAGCCUUCGACUUCGAGUCGAUGCUAAAUAAGUCGAAACGCGCGCAGUAAGCCGAAAUAAUGAUCAAUUAUUUGGAAACGGCUGAUAGAGAAAUUAUUGGAAAAUGGCAGCUUUCUUCAGAAGAUCUUGUUUUUGUAGGUACGAAGUCCCACGUAAAAACAAGUUCUUGAUAAAACGUUAUGGCACUGACAAUCAAGUAAAGCUGAAGAAGGCGUUUGGAUUGGUGAGUUGUUUGCAGCUACCAACGGCUUCCUGUGAUCGCGAUCAGCCGGAACUCAAGGGGGCAAGUAUACCUGAUACUCCGAUAGCAGAAGCUUCUUCAUGUUUGGACAAUAUACACCAAUCUUCUACAUUGUCUGACUUUAAAUAUCAAGUAUUUAUGUCCAAGGUAUCAGCAGGGCCGGGGACAGAUCAUGGGACUUUACAGAAAACUACCUCAACUUUUGGAGAAAUUAUUAAAAGAAUUAGAAUGAGAUUGAGCCAUUACCAAUCGAAGCUAAGUAAAAAAGAGUUGAGACAGAGUGAUGGUGUUCAAUUGUUUUCAUGUAUGAGAACAGCAUUCAGUUCAUCACAAGUUCUACUUCACCCUAAUUAUUUUUCAAGUCUAUCUUUUAAGCAAAGAGAAAGUGUUGGCAUUUUGAAGGAACCGCUAGUGAGGCAUUAUGCAACUGGACCAAGAUCCCGUCAUAAAGAGAAGUCUUAUUAUGAAGUUCUCAACACCACACCAAGUGCGACUCAAGCCCAGGUCAAGGAGGCCUACUUCAAGCUUUCUAAGAUCUAUCAUCCAGACAAAAAUGCAGGUAGCAAGGAAGCCCAACGAAAGUUUGCGUUGAUCAACGAAGCCUACAGCGUUCUCGGGAACCUCACACUACGUAAGCGCUAUGACCGUGGCACCCUCAACCAGCGGGAUGUUCAUGGAGAGGUGAAACCAGAAGAGAAGGUUGCCGAAGAAAUCCAUCGCAAUCCUACAUACACCGGGUCUGGUAUCCCUUUCAGCAUGGAGGCAAAACGCCAAGCCAAGAACAUGGAUGAUUUCUUCAGCAAGCACUACAAGGAUGCUCGGGACAAGGAACAGAGGGACAGAGCUGAGAGACAGCAGCGCAUUGAGGAAUAUAUGGAGCUCCAGAAGAGGGCCAAGAUCUCUCCAUUCAUUCUUGCAGUUUUCAUGAUUGCAGCAAUUGUAAUGGCUGUAAAGAGUGUCGAAUGGAAUGAUGCAUUAAAUGCUAAUGAAAAAAAAUCACAAGCUCAAAAAGAUAGAAGAUAACUAGAAAAUUUAUCUAUGUACCAGUAAAAUAAAUAUCACAUGAUAUACAUUGAUUUUAAACUAUUAUUUUAAGCAUUGUAUACAAUGUACAUUUUUGUAGACCUUAAUUUUAAGAACAUAUCCAGGUUCCUCCUUUCUUCAACCAACACCUACAAUUACAUGUAGGGUGUGUCAAAAUAUUCACUUUUUACUAGAUUAUUUUUAGAAUCUCAAUAUUUUUACCUGUACAUGUACACCUGUAUAUCAUUUUUAUUUGGAUUUUAGUUUUAUUUUAAUCAAAUCUAUCGAUAUUGAAUUUUAUUUUUUUCAUCAUUGAAACAAGCAAUUUGUUGUGAAAGUGCAAAUUUAGUUGUGAAGAUACUGAAAUAUGAUACAGUGUAUGGGGCUCAUAAGACAAAGUUUAACAACUGAUUAUUUUCAUGUUAUUAGAUGGAGAAAUAAAUUAUGGUAAUUCAUGUAUCAAAUUUCAAUACUCUUAAUGAAACGCAUAAACGAAAGACAAAAUAAGCAAGAUUUACUUUAGAGGAAAUAAAUUUGA